ACAUCUCAAGCCAGUUCAGAUGUUGCUGUUUCCUCAAGUUGCAGGUCUAUGGAAAUGCAGGAUCUAACCAGCCCGCAUAGCCGUCUGAGUGGUAGUAGUGAAUCCCCCAGUGGCCCCAAACUCGAUAAUUCUCAUAUAAAUAGUAAUUCCAUGACUCCCAAUGGCACCGAAGUUAAAACAGAGCCAAUGAGCAGCAGUGAAACAGCUUCAACAACAGCAGACGGGUCUUUAGACAAUUUCUCAGGUUCAGCAAUUGGGAGCAGUAGUUUCAGCCCAAGACCAACUCAUCAGUUCUCUCCACCACAGAUUUAUCCUUCCAACAGACCAUACCCACAUAUUCUCCCUACUCCUUCCUCACAAACUAUGGCUGCAUAUGGGCAAACACAGUUUACCACAGGAAUGCAACAAGCUACAGCCUACGCCACAUACCCACAGCCGGGACAGCCGUAUGGAAUUUCCUCCUAUGGUGCAUUGUGGGCAGGCAUCAAGACCGAAGGUGGAUUGUCACAGUCUCAGUCACCUGGACAGACAGGAUUUCUCAGCUAUGGCACAAGCUUUGGCACCCCUCAACCUGGACAGGCACCAUACAGCUACCAGAUGCAAGGUAGCAGUUUUACAACGUCAUCAGGAUUAUAUACAGGAAAUAAUUCACUCACAAAUUCCUCUGGAUUUAACAGUUCACAGCAGGACUAUCCGUCUUAUCCCGGAUUCAGCCAGGGUCAGUAUGCACAGUAUUAUAACAGCUCACCAUACCCAGCACAUUAUAUGGCCAGCAGCAACACCAGCCCAACGACACCAUCCACCAAUGCCACCUACCAGCUUCAAGAACCACCAUCUGGCAUCACCAGCCAAGCAGUUACAGAUCCCACAGCAGAGUAUGGUACAAUCCACAGCCCGUCAACACCCAUUAAAGAUACAGAUUCUGAUCGAUUACGUCGAGGUUCAGAUGGGAAAUCACGUGGACGGGGCCGAAGAAACAAUAAUCCUUCACCUCCCCCGGAUUCCGAUCUUGAGAGAGUGUUCAUCUGGGACUUGGACGAGACUAUCAUUGUUUUUCAUUCCUUGCUUACUGGAUCCUACGCCAACAGAUAUGGGAGGGAUCCACCCACUUCAGUUUCCCUUGGACUACGAAUGGAAGAAAUGAUUUUCAACUUGGCAGACACACAUUUAUUUUUUAAUGACUUAGAAGAAUGUGACCAAGUUCACAUAGACGAUGUUUCUUCAGAUGAUAAUGGACAAGACCUAAGCACAUAUAACUUUGGAACAGAUGGCUUUCCUGCUGCAGCAACCAGUGCUAAUUUAUGCUUGGCCACUGGCGUCCGGGGCGGUGUGGACUGGAUGAGAAAGUUGGCCUUCCGCUACCGACGGGUAAAAGAGAUCUACAACACCUACAAAAAUAAUGUUGGAGGUCUGCUUGGUCCGGCUAAGAGGGAAGCCUGGCUACAGUUGAGGGCCGAGAUUGAAGCCCUGACAGACUCCUGGUUGACACUGGCCCUGAAAGCACUCUCACUCAUUCACUCCCGGACGAACUGUGUGAAUAUCUUAGUAACAACUACUCAGCUUAUCCCAGCAUUGGCGAAAGUCCUGCUGUAUGGAUUAGGAAUUGUAUUUCCAAUAGAAAAUAUUUACAGUGCAACUAAAAUAGGAAAGGAAAGCUGUUUUGAAAGGAUAAUUCAAAGGUUUGGAAGAAAAGUGGUGUAUGUUGUCAUAGGAGAUGGUGUGGAAGAAGAACAAGGAGCAAAAAAGCACGCUAUGCCCUUCUGGAGGAUCUCCAGCCACUCGGACCUCAUGGCCCUACAUCACGCCUUGGAACUGGAGUACCUGUAACAGCGCAUGGCACUUUGAAACCGCACACCUGCUCUGUGACCAGGGACAAAUCCACCAAGCCUGCGUGUCUCGUCAGCGCUGGACUCCAGAACUUAGAGAUUUCAACAUACUGAUGCACAGCUGCUGCCGGUCUUGACCUCUGCCCUUGUGGGAAAUGGAGGACCACAUCUAUUUCUUCAGAACAGCUGUUGACUCCAGUACUGUGAAUCCAGUGAAAAUAAGCCAUGACAAUGUUCUAGCACAGUGUAAUGUGUCUUUGCCACAUUAACUACACGGUUCAAACCUGUGAAGAAAGGACCUGCAGACACUUCAGUUUUAGCAUUUUCAAUGUGACAUAAACAGCUUCUCCAAUACAGAAAACUUGAUUGCACAAAAAAGACUGAAAUGUGUUUCCUGAAUACCAGUGGAGGAAUUGUCUUAUAAAGAAGGUUUACUUUAUGGUGUCUCAUACCCAGGGUAAUCUGUACAUCUCUACUUAUUUAUGAACAGACUUUUUUAAAACAGCUUUAUUGAGGAAUAAUUCACAUACCAUACAGUUCACCCAAGCAGACUUUUUUGGCAUCAAAUAAUUGAAGAGACAAUAGCAGUAGAAAUAAGUGAUUAAAGUCCUUUGCCUCACAACGUGGCAAGUACGGUACUUUCAAUUUUAGCAUAUGGCAAAGUAGUUUAAAGUAUGUCUAAUUUAAACGUAUAAUAUGUACAUCACUGAGACAAUCAUGUACAGAAAGAAUUUUUGGUGUAAAUUUGUAAUAAUGGAUGAUUCUUUUACAUAUUGUUUAGGGAAAUGAUAUUGAAAGGUAGCAAUGCCUUGGUAGUGAAGCAUGAGGCAACACGUGCACAAACUCAUGUGCUGUGCCUUAUUCCGAGUAUUGGUAUAAAUAUGUAGAUCAUGGAUUUUUUUUUUUUAGAUAAUGUUGUCAAGACCAAAAGCAUGGAUGUCAAGUGUCAAUAAGGAUUCUGUUUUCUAAAUGAUUUUUCCCAUCUGUUCUUCUAAAUUUUUAAAAUGCUGUUAUGAGGGCCUUGAUAAAAUAAUACAGCAGUUUCGUAAAUAAUUUGAAAAAAAUAAAAAGUCUUCUUACCACCUCAUUAUUUCAUUUCAAUAAUGUAUUAUAUGUAACUACUUAGAAAAAAUUAUUGUUCAAAUGCUUCUUCCCACAGAAAGAAUAUAGAUGAUAGAUAUAUUUUAUUAAUAAAAUGGUUCAUGAAUUGGAGACUAGCAAAGUUUUCACAUGCUCAGAAUUAUUAUUAUGUCUGCAUUUUCUUACUUAAAUAAAGGAAUACUUUACCAUGUAUCUGGAAAUCAGCAAAACUUUGCAUUACUCCCUAUGUUCAUAUUCUGUCUUCCUCCCCCUCCCAGAGGAAAGUUCAUUGCCAGCAGUGAACAUGGCCUGGUCAUUAUCACCAUGGAAAUGAUGUUCCUCUCCACCUGCAUUGUGUAUUACAUGACAAGCAUAAAUCUGGGAAAUUAAAAUAUUACCUUUAUUGUACCAUAAGAAAGCUUCUCCAAAAUGAUCAGUUUGGGCACUAUUUUCUCACAUCUAAAGCUUACCAUUGUCAUGAAAUUACUCUUAGGAUGAAUUUUCUUAAUACUGGGGGAAAAUACACCAGGUAUGAUGCAAAGUAGCUGAAGAGCUACUCCAUCCUUCUCUGAGGUUUCAUGUUGCUGCUAGAAUUAGUAUUUGUGAAUUCUCCAAAUUGUUUAAAUUAAUAAUUGGGUUUCUUUUUUUUUUCCUUUUUUGCUUGAAACAAAGAGAAGUUAACAGUUUUUUAACCUUUUCAUUUUACGUUUUUGUACUCCGCAGACUGAAAAGACAGUUUAUCUUGGCCUUACUGUAUAAAGGUGUGUUGUGUCCACAAUCGUGUACAGAAUUUUUCUUCAUUAAUUUUGUGUUUAAGUUAAUAAAAUUGAUUUGUGAAGUACU